GCUUAAUAUUGCUUCAAGCUGCACACCUUGAAGAGUGAUGGGUGAAGCAGUAAGACUGUCAGAAUGAUACUGAAGACACACAACCCUUUCUUCUUGACCUUCAUCAUCGCUGCCUCAGCUCUGCGCCUCACACACUCACAAGAUGUGCUGCAACCAUGUGCAUCUUCAGUUUUACGUCCCACGGAAUGCAAACUACAUCGCCAGGACCAAGUGAUCACCUGUUGUGGUGUCAACAGCACACAGCUGGUAAAGUCUUUGAUGGAGAUUAGGAAACAAGUAGCAGAAGGAAGACAGAAAAUCGAUGUUUUUAAUAGCGACAGACAAAACAAUGAUAAUGUAAGAGACCUGUGGAUGACAGUACGAGAAGUGUCAUACUUGAGCUGCAUCCUGCCUAAGCUCGCUCCAGACACACUGUUUACACCAUCACCACUUGAGAGAGUAACUGUUGUUAACUCUGGUGUUGCUGAGGUCCAACUUGAUGCCUUCACCACCCACUCCAGCACUCUUAUUCACCUUGAUCUCUCGCACAAUCUGCUGGUGACACUACCUGAAGCAAUGGUUAAUUUAACAAGGCUGGAGAUUCUUGAUCUCAGCAGUAACAAGAUCAGUCAUCUUUCAGAGAAGACCUUGCUAAAUUUUCCCCGCCUACGUCAGCUUCACCUCAAUUACAACAGACUUGGAGAGAUGUGGAUUGGUCCUCACUUGGGUUUGAGUGCGAGUGUGUUGAAUCUGGAGGUAGUGAAGGACACCAUUACUGACCUCUCUCUCUCUCACAAUGCUCUCAGUGCCAUCCCUCAGCAGUUCACCAGAGCUUUCACCAGACUCAUCAACCUUGAUUUAUCUUCCAAUAAUAUAUCAGAGGUGUUAGUUGGGGCACUGAGCAAUAUGGCACAACUUCAGCAUUUAGACCUCAGCAACAACCUCAUCCAUUCCAUCAUGCCACAGGCACUCUCCACUACCCUCCUCCAUCUCAAUCUCGCAGGAAAUCCCUGGGACUGCAACUGUGACUCACUCUGGCUCUUGAAGAGCUACUACCAAAAUGCCUCCAACACCAUGCCCACCACACCUACCAUCGCUAUGCCUCUAUGUUCAUUUCCACUGCAUUUACGCCAUCGAAAAUUAACUACUUUAACAGAGUUGGAACUUUGCCCCCAUCGAGCACUGGAAGUAGAAAGCCAAGUUUUCUAUGUUGGUGAUGAUGUGGAUGGUGUGCUGAGAGAUGCCUUGAGUUCCCUCCACCUUGUGAACGUGACAGCACUCAAUCACCAGGCACUACUUGUCUCUUGGAGGGUAGAUGGUACAUUCUACUCUUCCUUGACGCCUCUAUCUGAUCCUCUCUCUUGGGCUAUCUCUCUACAAGAGACAAUGCAGGGCCACAGAGAUGCCAAGGUCACAAAAAUGAGAUUAGCACUGUACAAGGAGAAUUCUAAUUGGAAGCCAAGCAACUCCUCCUUCACAGAGGUAUUACAAGGUCUCAAGCCCGAGACACAGUACACACUUUGUCUCGCACCAAUUCAAGAUCACUAUCUCUUUAUUCACCCAGAUGAAUGCCGUCAUGUCACUACCCCAAAAAGAUCUCUUCAUGCCUUAAUUUCAACUACAACAACAACUACACCUAAAGAACUGGUAUCAAUGCCUUUAGUGUCCACAGAGAAUUACUCUGUCAAGACAGAGCAAGUGAGCAUCAUGAAAGAAGCUCGUCGUGUAAACUUGUCAUGGAAUGUUACUGUAUUUCCCUACCAAAUGUUAGAUAUUCUAGAUAAGAAAGAGGCCCUGUUACGUCCUUUGGGGUGGAAGAUAACCUACCGUCGCCUUGGAGACGAAAAUGAGACAGAGAUUGUUCUGGUCAGUCAAGGUGGUGAACCAUUGCAGAACUUCACCAAUCAUUACUCUGUGGAAGGAUUAGAACCUAGUAUGGGUUAUAUUUUUUGUUUCCGCUCCUUGUCUGACCAAGAGGUGAGUGUUUCUCUCACUGGUAACAUGGAAGAGGUGAAUAAAAUGAGUCCUCAGUCACAUUCUUUUAUCUCCUUAAAUCCAGAACUCAUGGUUUUGGCAAUACAAGGUGGCAGCAUACAGUCUCAUGUCAAUCGCCAGUUAGCUGAUACGAAUAGUAACAAAAAUAAGUCACCACUGUUAUCAGAGAUACCUGAAAGUUACUCUCCUGAUCUUCCUGGCAAGGUUUUUCAGUCACAAAGAACAAAGCCUGCAUUCCCAUCAAAGACGAGAAUAUCCCCAUUUCAGUCACAGGGCAGCAGUUCAAUAUUUCCACCACAAUUUACCACUGAAGCAUUUCCAUCAAAAGGAAUCACUACAGCCCUUUCACUACAAGGAAUUACUACAGCACUCCCACCUCAAGAAACCAUAGUAACACUUCAAUUACAUGGAACUACUACAACACUCCCAUUACAAGGAACCACUGCAGCACUUCCAUCACAAAGAACCACUGGAACAUUUCCACCUCAAGGACACCCUAUAGGACUUCCAUCAAAAGAAGUACAUUCUGAAUCUCCAUUAAAUAUACCAGAUUCAGCCUAUCUUCAAAAUCUGCCGUCACUUCCAAACAUUUCUUUACCAGGAUCAAAUAAAAGAAUUUCUCUGAAUGUUCCACCAGUGCUGAACCUGCCUAUUUUUCAUCGUCCUGCCCAUCGCCCAAGGUCACAGUCUUUACCAAACUUUGUCUUCACCAGCACGGGAGAGAGAAUUAUUCUGCCAUCAACAUCAUCUGGGCCUACUCAUUUUAAUCUACCAGCUGUUAUAGGACCAAGUAUAAAUAUUAGGUCCAGUAUACCAACAAAUACCACAUCCUUAAUGUCAGCAGCUCAUAACUCAAGCCAAAGAUUUAUAUAUGAAUUUGGCAAUAUACCACCAGAAAACAAUAAACAAAAAUUUACUUAUGAUUUUAAUAAAGAUAAUUCUAGUACCUCAAAGCCUCAAGUCAAUGUGCAUGAGACUAGACGCAAGAGGUCAACUGAAAAUAACUCCAACAGUCACCACAAAAUGACUUUAGAGUCUGGAGCCAUGCAAUAUUGUCAAGAAGUUGUCACUCCCGAUGAGAAUGAUAUACAUGUAAUGAUACCAGUUGCCAUCGCCUCCACUGUGUCUAGCUUGGUCACACUGGCUUUGGUGAUCAUCUUUUGUUGUUGUUGUCCAAGGAAGUGCCCCCACAAAAAAAAAGGAUGGAGUGGUAAACCAUCUUAUACUCUUCGUAAGACUGGCACCAUUUCUGCUCCAACUCCUGUCACUGUUUACUCUGGCAAUAAUUCCAUCCUCACAGGUUCUGUCAUCAGCGAAGGAAAUGGAAAUCUGAAAACAGCUUUGCCUUCUAUGAAGAGCAAUAUAACAGCUAGUGGACCCACAGACCUGGGUCUUGAGUCAAACAAUAACUUGAUGAAGUCUAGAUGUUCGCUGUCUGUCACUUCAAGCUUUGGAUACUUGGUGCCUCUACAGAUACCCGGUGGAUCAGUUCAUGACCCUGAAGAAAUGCUCAGAAAUGUGCAACCAAAUAGUAAAGCAUAUCAAAGUUCUGUAAUAGAUCAUCUACUUAAACAGCACAAGGACUUGCAGGAAUUUCAUCCAGGUUAUGACAUUCCUCCAACAUCAUCAAAUAAGACACUCUUUGGGUAUGAUUACCCUCACCCAACUCCUGUUAAUCCUAUAGGGGCUUACAGUCAAAACCAUAAACCUGUAGUUCUAAAUAAACUGCAAGAUUCGUUGCUAACAGGCAGUGAUUCCCACUACAAUAGCUCCAUUGAGAAUGGCCAAAAUUCAGAAGCUAGGCAUUCAAAAAUAAAUUUAAACAUUCCCUUCAUUCAGAAGAGCUCUGAUUUAUAUAAGAACAAUGAAUUAAAUAAGAGUCCAGAUUCCAAUAAAAGUGUCGAAUAUAACUACAUUAUUCCAGAGAACAUGGGUAACAAACCUCUCACUUAUACAAAAAACUCACUUUCAAAGUCUCGGUGCAAAUCUGGAUUAUCAGAGACACCAACAGAAGAAUUUAUACCAGAGGAUUUCUCCAGUUUAGGAAGUCAAGACUGCAGUGAUCAUCCUUUGUCAUCUGAGCACCUCAGUUACUCAGAUCCAGUCAUUGCUGAAGAAAAUUUCAAUACUCAGGGUUCUGAGGUAUUGAAAAAAUCAGUGCCAGUACAAUUAAGCUUACUUAUUAAUGAUCACAAAACUACUCUUCCAAGAUUAUUGAAAAAAGAGCCAAGCAAAACAACAUCUCUGUCACCCAUACAUCCACUUUCACCAAAGAGAAUUAACAUAUCCAUGAAAAAAAAUGAUGGCAACAGUAACUUCCCUUCAUCUGAGGAUGACAUCGAUAAGCAACAAUAUAUACGGCCCACACACCAAGAAAAAUAUUUUGCUUGGACUAACAAGUGCCCAAAAAUCCCCAGUUUGGGAGAGGUGGUCCUAACUGGUGGGACUCUCAUAGAGGUACCCGAGGGAUAUGUUGUCCCAAAAUCCCCCAAACCGAGGUAUUCUGUCACACUGUUAGUGCCAGAACAAGCUGAAAAAUUAUGAAACUAGCAAUAUGGAUAUCCAAGAGAGUUUCUUGUUCUGUUCUGCAUGCAGAUAUUUUAGGCAGAAAGUUCCCUCUCCACUUAAUCACUAGAGAUGAUGAGAAAGGAAAAGCAAAGAUAAUUAAUUUUAUGAACUCUUAACCAGAGUUAUAUUGAAUAAAAAUCAUCACUGGGGUGCCAGUGCCAGUGUAGCAAGUAUGCAACAGCAGAGGGGAAUUACAUAGUACCUAAGGUGCCCAUAGUUCUAGAAAUUUGGACAGUAGUUAUAAAUUUUGAAGAAAAUCUUGGUUACAACAAAUUAUCACAUAAUUUAGUACAUCUCAUAUUAAUAAAUACAUAAGUAUUUAUUAAUAUGUUUAAUAGUAUAUUUAUAGAUGGGGUUGUAAGAGAAGUAAAUGCGAGGGUCUUGGCAAGAGGCGUGGAGUUAAAAGAUAAAGAAUCACACAUAAAGUGGGAGUUGUCACAGUUGCUCUUUGCUGAUGACACUGUGCUCUUGGGUGAUUCUGAAGAGAAGUUGCAGAGAUUGGUGGAUGAAUUUGGUAGGGUGUGCAAAAGAAGAAAAUUGAAAGUGAAUACAGGAAAGAGUAAGGUUAUGAGGAUAACAAAAAGAUUAGGUGAUGAAAGAUUGGAUAUCAGAUUGGAAGGAGAGAGUAUGGAGGAGGUGAAUGUAUUCAGAUAUUUGGGAGUGGACGUGUCAGCGGAUGGGUCUAUGAAAGAUGAGGUGAAUCAUUGAAUUGAUGAGGGGAAAAGGGUGAGUGGUGCACUUAGGAGUCUGUGGAGACAAAGAACUUUGUCCUUGGAGGCAAAGAGGGGAAUGUAUGAGAGUAUAGUUUUACCAACGCUCUUAUAUGGGUGUGAAGCAUGGGUGAUGAAUGUUGCAGCGAGGAGAAGGCUGGAGGCAGUGGAGAUGUCAUGUCUGAGAGCAAUGUGUGGUGUGAAUAUAAUGCAGAGAAUUCGUAGUUUGGAAGUUAGGAGGUGCGGGAUUACCAAAACUGUUGUCCAGAGGGCUGAGGAAGGGUUGUUGAGGUGGUUCGGACAUGUGGAGAGAAUGGAGCGAAACAGAAUAACUUCAAGAGUGUAUCAGUCUGUAGUGGAAGGAAGGCGGGGUAGGGGUCGGUCUAGGAAAGGUUGGAGGGAGGGGGUAAAGGAGGUUUUGUGUGCGAGGGGCUUGGACUUCCAGGAAGCAUGCGUGAGCGUGUUUGAUAGGAGUGAAUGGAGACAAAUGGUUUUUAAUACUUGACGUGCUGUUGGAGUGUGAGCAAAGUAACAUUUAUGAAGGGGUUCAGGGAAACCGGCAGGCCGGACUCGAGUCCUGGAGAUGGGAAGUACAGUGCCUGCACUCUGAAGGAGGGGUGUUAAUGUUGCAGUUUAAAAACUGUAGUGUAAAGCACCCUUCUGGCAAGACAGUGAUGGAGUGAAUGAUGGUGAAAGUUUUUCUUUUUCGGGCCACCCUGUCUUGGUGGGAAUCGGCCAGUGUGAUAAUAAAAAAAUAAUAAUAGAUAAUAAGUAGGUUAUAGCACAUUUAAUAAUGAGCUUUUAUAUACCCACCAAGGGUAUUUUCUGUCCAAUACAGAGAACAAAAGAUAGGUAGUACAUAUAAGUAGCAGAGGUCAGAUACACCGAGAGGAAGAGCGGGCCAAGUGAUAGCCAUGUCCUGCUUGGGUAUAAUGUGUUGUGCGAGAAUUACAGAUAUGAAGAACCUCCCUGUAUUCUGAGUUAUGAUGCUAGUGCUAGACUGAUGACUAAAAUGCAUCUACUUUUUAUUAAAUUUCCCUGGAGUAUACCUGGAGGGGGCUGGGGGUCAAUGUCCCCACAGCCUGGUCUGUGACCAGUCCUUGUGGUGGAUCAGGGCCUGAGCAACCAGACUGUUACUGCUGGCCACACGCAAACCAAUGUACAAACCACAGCCGGCUUGUCAGAUACUGACUUAAAUUAGGUAUUUGUCCAGCAUCUUCUUGAAGAUAUCCCUGAUGACUAGCAUUACCCAAUUUAUUGAGAUGUCUAAAAGUCUUGCAAUGGAUAACAAGCAUUUUUCUGACCAUCUCUCUUGCACAAAUAAUGGUAUUCAUUGAAACAUUGUGAAAUUUUUGGAAGUUCCCAACAUAUUCUUUGUUGUGUGUCCUGUAUGUUACAUGAUAAAGAAAUAUUUUUCAGUAUUGUUUAUUUACUUACACAAGCUACACAGGCAAAUGAAGCCUUAAAAAAAUAAAAUAAAAGGGAGAGUACUAUCAUUUCCAUGGGGAAGUGGAACAGAAUUCUUCCUCCGUAAGCCAUGCGUGUCGUAAGAGGCGACUGAAAUGCCAGGAGCAAGGGGCUAGUAACCCCUUCUCCUGUAUACAUAACUAAAGUUAAAAAGAUUAACUUGUUUUUCUGUUUGGGCCACCCUGCCUCGGUGGGAUAUGGCCAGUUUGUUGAAAGAAGUACUAUCACAUGGAGAAGUAUUUUAUCUGUAGGGGUCAUAAAAUUAUUAUUAUAAUCAAAAAGAAGCGCUAAGCCACAAGGGCUAUACAGCAGGGCCCCUCAAGGAAGGUUCCUUGAUGUUGGUGAGGGGCUCUUGAUUUAGGGAAUUGGAUCUGUGCUCCAGUUCCCCGAAUUAAGCCUGAAUGCCUUCCACAUCCCCCCCCAGGCGCUGUAUAAUCCUCCGGGUUUAGCGCUUCCCCUUGAUUAUAAUAAUAAUAAUAAUAUACAGCAGGGGUCAUAAAAGCCCAUGGAAAAUAGGAGGUCAUUUGCUUUGAUCCAUGGAGAAGUUCUAAUCCCUUGGAUCAAGGGCAUAAAAUCAACCCCUUUAUAGUAGUAUAGGGAAGAGCAGCUGCUAAUUCCUGAGAAUUUGAGCUAUGUAUAUAAAUAUUUAAUUAUUAUAUAUUUAUUUAUUAUUUUUUUUUUUCAACAUGUCAGCUGUUUCCCACUUAGGCAGGGUGACCCCAAAAAAGAAACACUUUAACCAUCAUUCAUACAUAAUUACUGUCUUUACAGAGGUGCCCAGAUACAACAGUUCAGAUGUCACUCCAAACUGCCAAUAUCCCAAACCUCUCCUUUAAAGUGCAGGCAUUGUACUUCCUACCUCCAGGACUCAAGUCCGGCUAACUCGUUUCCCUGAAUCCCUUCACAAAAUAUUCCAUCCUCACACUCCAACAGCUCAUCAAGUCCUAAAAACCAUUUGUCUCCACUCCUAUCUAACAUGAUUACACAUGUCUGCUGUAUGUCCAAGCCCCUUGCACACAAAACCUCUUUUACCCCCUCCCUUCAUUCUCCUCUAGGAUGACCCUUACCCCUCCUCACCUCCAUUACAGAUUUAUACACCCUCCAGGUCGUCCUAUUUUGCUCCAUCAUCUCUGAAGAGGGGUUGUUGAGGUGGUUUGACCAUUUAUUUUUUUUUUUUUUUUUAAAUCUCUAAAUGGCCAAACCACCUCAACAACCCCUUUUCAGCCCUCUGACUAAUACUUUUAGCAACCCCACACCUCCUAAUUUCUAUACUACGAAUUCUCUGCAUAAUAUUUACACCACACAUUGCCCUUAGACACAAUAUCUCCACUGCCUCCAGCCUCCUCCUUGCUGCAUCAUUCACAACCCAUUCUUCACACCCAUACAAGAGUAUUGGUACCACUAUACUCUCCUACAUUCCCUUCUUUUCCUCCGUGGAUAAUGUUCUUUGUCUCCACAGAUACAGUAGGGCUCCACUUUAUGGUGCUUUGCUUUAUGAUGGUUUGCCAAUAUGGACAUUUCAAAUUACAACCAUAAAUUCAUUUACAUGGCCGAUUCGCUAUUACGGUGCCCACAUAUAUGUAUAUCCUCCAUGAGCUCCACAUCUAUGAAUUUUGUCCCCUCAAGGAAGGUUCCUUGAUGUUGGUGAGGGGCUCUUGAUUUAGGGAAUUGGAUCUAUGCUCCAGUUCCCCGAAUUAAGCCUGAAUGCCUUCCACAUCCCCCCCAGGCGCUGUAUAAUCCUCCGGGUUUAGCGCUUCCCCCUUGAUUGUAAUAAUAAUAAUAAUAUGAAUUUUGUCUCAAAACUCCAAAAUUUCAAGUGUUUUAAUAGCAGCUUGAAAUUCAACACCCAUAUCCAGUAUUCUCAGAGCAGUUAUGUGCAUUUGCUUCUAUCAUCUACAUGGAUACUGUCUUUUCAGGACCUUCAGCAGGGUUUUUGCCUUUUUUUUCUGACUUUUCCAGUAGUUACUGUCUCAAAGAUAACUAGCAGAGAUGUCUGUCAUAGUGACCAACAAGCCAUUUUCUACACUAGUUUACUGGCAGUGCAUGAUCUGGCACCUCUUUUAGCCCAGACAAAAUAAUGACUUUUUUUUGCCAACUAGUUUAUUGGACGGCCACAAAUAGCAUAUCUAGUGUGCGCUCACUUAUCUUGUUUACACCACAGUUGGUGAUAAUCCCUUCACUUUGUGUGAUUUUUAGUUUAUUUUUUAUUUUACUAACAGCCUUAGCUAUGACUGGAGUUAAUAGCUACACAAUUAAACUUAUUAAUAGCUACAGCUAUUGACAAGUUAAUAAAGUUGUCAGGUAAAUUAAUUAGAGGGUUUGGACAAUGUUCCUUUGUGACAGAAUAAGAGCUAAUGAAUUUUUAUUUGAUUCAUGAAAAAUUAAACAGGGAAAGAUCCAAGAACAUGAAAUCUCUUCAUUUGGAUGAAAUAUUUAAAAAGAUAACCAAGAAGAAUGUCAGAGCAGUAGGCCUUCAUCUGAAAAUCCUGUAGCUUCAGCUUGAGUAUUCCAGAUAUUCUUUCUGUAGCAUCACAGACCCACUAUGACAGACAGGAAUUCUGACAGCUCUCAACUUCUAGACCUUUGUAAUUAGCUCUUCAGUACCAGUAAAAUUUUAAAAUAUAAA